GGGAACAACUCAACGUAAACAGGAUGGAUAACGGCAAAGGCGUCUUUUCGGGUGAAAAAAUGGAUGAGUUUCGCACCUAUGAGGACUUUUUAGAUUCCCAGAUUAAACCUGUGGAUCUGUUUUACCUUGAGGAUCAGGAACUGGCCCGCCAGCUGGUGGAGCUGGGCCUCAAGGAUAGCAGUUUGGAGAGGGAGGAAUUUGAGACAAGAAAAGCAGCUGCCGAGGCCUCCAGGCUUGCUUCAGGAAGCCAACAGAAGAAGCUGGCAAGUACAGGAAAGGAACUCAAAGAUAACUUCCUGAGAGCCCUGGCAGAGCGGGAGGAGGCAAACCGCAGUGGGGAAAUGAAUUCCAUCAUUUUCAUAAGGGACCAAAAUGCUCGUGGACAGGAAAUAUCUGCGUAUAUAGACUACUCCCACCGACUAAAAUCUGAAGACUUUGAGCCAUAUUUCAGCGGAAAGAAAAGGCUUUUGCCAAAAACAUCUGACUUAAGCUUCUACAACUGGAGGACGCAGAAGUCCAAACACAAUAACAGCUCAAACUAUGAGGUAAUCACGGAGAAUCCAAGCGGUCUGCUCUUCAAGUGCAAGAACGACAGGAAAAUCUUGAAUGUUGACCCAGAGAAAUUACCUGGCGAUAGCUCCACUCGAACUCCUGUCCAAUCUGACCUAUAUGUGCAUGUUGUCAUUUAUGAUCACGUCAUCAGAAAACCCACCACCAGAUCCUGUACGCCACUCUCCAAUUAAAUGUAUUAAAACACACAGAGUCUCUAAUUUCGUCUAUAUAAAAACAGUGUUAAUCUUACAUUAUUGACUUCCUUUUGUGCACAACAUCUGGAUGCGUAGAGUAGCACAUAUGUGCGUUUUGAUCUAUGGUUUUCAUUUUCUAUACUAAUUCAGACUUCACUGUAAAACUAUUUUGAGUUGUUUAACAAGAUUUAAAUACAUUUAUGAAUAC